UGAUAGAGGUGUACGAGGUGAUAGAGGAGGCAUGGAUAGAGUGGACAGCCAGAACAUUUUCUCAGGGCAGAGAUGACAAAUACAAGGGAGCAUAAUUUCAAGGCAAUUGGAGGAAAGUACCGAGGAGAUAUCAAAGAACUGCAACAGGGUCCUGGCAAGAUGACAUCAUCUAAUGAUUAUGGAACCACUUCAUGGGAGCUUAAUGUUCAGGUGGAUCAGCCAAGUGAUGAUUUACCAUUGGAGUUUCAGCUGAGAGUAACAGGAGACUUUCAUGUUGGAGGGGUAAUGCUUAAAUUAGUGGAACAAAUCUGGCUUGUUAUUUUUGAUUCAAAUAAUAUUGUUCGAUUGCUUCAGUGUGAUGGUCUCUCCGAUGUGCUGAAGGAGGACAUUCUGCAGCGUUAUAGUGACAUUUUCAGGGAUGAGCUGGGUACACUGAAGGACGUGACCGUGAAACUCUAUGUCGACUCGGAGGCCACACCACAUUUUUUUAAGCCCAGGUCAGUGCCCUUUGCCAUGAUAGGCAAAGUCGAGGUGGAGCUGGUACGUUUACAGGGGCUGGGCAUCAUUGAGCCCAUCCAGUUUUUAAGGUGGGUGGCUCCCAUUGUUCCAGUUUUGAAGGCAGGUAAAACAGUGAGGAUAUGUGGGAACUACAAGUUUACGGUGAAUCGGGUCUCUAGGCUGGAGAAGUACCCAUUGCCACGGGUGGAUGACCUGUUUGCGACCCUGUCAGGGGAAUUGAAUGCACUAGAUUUAAUCAUUUGUAUUUUAUCAAUUUUCUUUUCAGAUAUUCGUAGGCCAGAGGAACUUUCCCUAUUGAGACCGCAAAAUAUCAUCUGUAAAAGGAAGAGUAAAGAAAAAAUUGAUAUACAUCCAAUUAAUGACGAUGUUUUAGAUUUGGAUCAGGUACCAUUAUCCCCAGGAUCAAUAGCAAGUCCUGGACUGUACAGCAAGACGAUGACUCCCAUAUAUGACCCUGUCAAUGGAACGCCUGUUUCUUCUACAAUCACUUGGUUCAGCGAUAGUCCUCUAGCUGAACAAAAAUGCAAUAUUCUAGCUGUUAGUCAGCCAAACAUUACGCCAGAGGUACUGGCCAAAAUGUACCGGCCACAGAAUCAAGUUGAGAAAGCAAAACUAAAUGCUGGAUGGCUAGAUUCGUCAUGUUCACUGAUGGAGCAGGGCAUUCAGAAGGAAGAUAAGCUGCUAUUACGUUACAAGUACUACAACUUUUUUGAUCUGAAUCCAAAAUAUGACGCGGUCCGGAUAAACCAGCUGUACGAGCAAGCACGGUGGGCAAUUCUGUUAGAAGAAAUUGACUGCACUGAAGAAGAAGUGUUGAUGUUUGCAGCGUUACAGUAUCACAUAAGCAAGUUAUCACUACUAUCUGAGCCAGAAGACUACACAAAUGAGCAAGAUGUAGAUGAAGUUGAGGCUGCCCUUACCAAUCUAGAGGUGACACUUGAAGGUGGAAAAAUCGACAAAACUUUGGAGGAUAUCACAGACAUCCCAAAGUUAGCAGAUUAUCUUAAAAUUUACAGGCCCAAAAAACUGUUGCUGAAAGCCUACAAGCAAUACUACUUUAUUUUUAAAGAUACUUGUCUGUCGUAUUAUAAGAACAAGGAAGUUUCUCAAGGAGAACCAAUUGAGCAAUUAAACUUGAGAGGAUGUGAACUUGUUCCAGAUGUGAACAUAGCAGGGCAGAAAUUUGGGAUCAAGCUGCUGAUUCCUGUGUCUGAUGGCAUGAAUGAAGUAUAUAUAAAAUGUCAGCAUGAAGUACAAUAUGCUAAAUGGAUGGCUGCCUUUCGACUGGCUUCAAAGGGCAAGACAAUGGCUGACAGUUCAUACCCAACCGAGAUGUAUAACAUCCAGUCCUUCUUAAGGAUGAAGAAUGUAAAUUCCUCACCUCACAUGAUACACAACCCAAACACCAUGGAGAUGAAUCCAGAAUCACUGGUCUCACCCAGAUAUUUGAAGAGGUUCAAAACCAAACAGUUGACAACACGCAUCCUAGAAGCUCAUCAAAAUGUUGCACAGAUGACUUUGGUGGAAGCCAAGAUGAGGUUCAUCCAGGCAUGGCAGUCGCUACCAGAGUUUGGAGUUUCUUAUUUUGUAGUCAGAUUUAGAGGAACCAAAAAGGAUGAACUGUUAGGGAUUUCCUACAACCGAUUAAUAAGAAUUGAUAUGGCUACAAAAGAUCCUGUCGUAACUUGGAGAUAUAGCAACAUAAAACAGUGGAAUGUCAAUUGGGAGAUCAGACAGGUUGAAAUUGAAUUUGAUCAGAGUAUGGCCAUAGCACUCACAUGCCUCAGUGCAGACUGCAAGAUUGUCCAUGAGUACAUCGGAGGAUAUAUCUUUCUGUCAACACGUUCCAAGGAUCAAAAUGAAACGCUGGAUGAAGAACUGUUUCACAAACUUACUGGUGGUCGGGAUUAAUGUUAAAGACCCCCUGAAGCUGUGUUGUAACCUCCAAAAGAAAAGGCAAAUUUCAAACUUUACAAAGCCAGGUUAUUUGUAACAUACACAGGUAUACUAUACUUUUGAUAGCUACUACCUAUGCUUAUAAGAGCUACCAAGAAUUAUUAAAUUUUAGUUAAGUAUUAUAAACUCUUUGAACUGAUUACAGAGUGUGUGCUGUGCUCAGCUGUUGUCUCGUGAGUGGGGGAGAAAGGGCACGGCUUAAUCCUUGCAUGUUAACCUCGAUGUGCAUACUCACUGAAUGGACAGAUAACGAAAAGGGUAAUAAACAAAAGAGCAUAAGGAAACCAGUGUGCAUUAUCCUUGGGAAUGAUUAUGAGCGUCAAACAAAACAUAAUACUAUUUAAUAAUAGGGCUGACCUUCCUUAAAAGCUGAGCACCCUAUUUUCCACAAAUCAUGUCAGUUCAGCAGCAGAGGCUUCCGACUUGUGUGUCAGCAACAAAGAAUUGCAGAGCUGGCUGUGAGAAAAGCUGCUUAUUUCUGUUGCUGAGUCUUCACUCUGACAAUGGCCCAAUCACACGUGCACAUGCUAUUUUUGCUUCUCUACCAAGUUUUUAAAUGCUACUGUGUAAAAACGGGUCUAAAAAUAUUUUUCCCUAAGUUUCCUUCUCUUAAAAUAUAAAAAAAUAUUGUUGAUAUUCAGAAGACCUGCUGUCUGCCCUCUGCAUGCUCCAGCUCUGCUAUAAAACCUGUGGGGGAACCAUGGAGAGAGCUGCCAUCCUAGGCCAGUGCUAAAGUGACCUACUAGCAAUGCUAGCAGUAGGCCAAACCUUUAACAUUCCUAACCUCAAGUUACUAGGAGUUUGAAGCAAAACCUAUUUGCCAAAAGAGAUAUCUGCUGGUUUUAGAUAGGAUAUAUGCUUAAAUGGAAAGGCAUAAGAUCCGAGUUGUUGGCUAUGUUCUUGGAUCAGAGAACCAAACCGGUUCUCCUAGAAACAAUGAGGUGGUAAUAAAGAAAAAAACAAACCAAGUUUUUAAAAAUCUAAUCAGCAACAGCAAAGACAUUACUGGACCAUAUGGAGCAGAUAAAAGAACAUUCCGCAAAACCCAGAUCAGCAACUUAUAGAUAACUCUCCACCUCAGAUCUCCAGCAAACAUUCUUCAGCAUUACACUUAAAGUUCUCAACUACUUCAAAGGCAAACAUGAAAGGAAAUAUGCCAUGUUAACCAGCAUCAUGUUGAAAGGCUUGAGAAUAGGGCCACUGAGAAACCACUUUGAAAUGGCCAACACAGGUUCCAUGAGUUGAAUGACUUCCUCCUGUUGAUUGCAUGAAGAUGGGUGGGCUGAAGUUAACAAUUUGGAUGAAGGCUUGGUUCGGGAUUCCGCUUAAGGAUUCAUUCAUUUUAAUAAUAGGGAAGAUCAGAGGAAAAUACUGGUGCCACAGUAGUUUGCAGAUAGAGUGCGGAUAGGAUUUUUUCUGUUAAGAUUUUAUUUUCAUAUUUCCAUAAUAGGGCUGAGUUCAAGAUUUAUAUUUUCCUACUAAAGUCCACAACGAAAUUGGUCUCAACAUGUCAUACUCAACUAUAAAAGCUAACAAUCUAACAGAAGCCUGUAGGCACACACUCAGCGAAUCAGAACAGCUUCUUCCAUCUACUGUACGAUUCCUAAAUGGAUAUUGAACACAACCUCACUUUUUUUAUGUAUUAUUUCUGUUUUUGCACUAUUUUUCAUUGAUUUUAUUUUUUUCUAUAUUAUCAUGUAUUGCAUUGUACUGCUGCUGCUGUUAACAAAUUUCACGAUGCAUGCCGGUGAUUAAUAAACCUUAUUCUGA